AUGAGUUAUAAGGAUGAUUAUAUAUUAACAACAUUAAAAAUUCUUAUUAUUGGAGAAUCUGGUGUAGGUAAAAGUUGUCUUCUUUUACGAUUUACUGAUGAUAAAUUUGAUGAUGAAAUGCCUGCAACUAUUGGUGUUGAUUUUAAAAUUAAACAAUUAGAAGCCGAUGGUAAUCGAGUUAAAUUAGCUAUUUGGGUAAGUAUAAAUGUUAAAACUUUUUAA